AUGGCCUCGGAUAAGAAAAUACAGGAUGACAAAUACUCACUUACCCGUAACAUGACCAACAAGGACUGCACGGACAGACCUCUACUGGGUAGUCCGAUCCUGUCCAAGGAGGAGGAGUUCCUUCCAUACAGUGAGGAGACUUUGAUGCCAGAGCAAGAUGCUAAAAAGAAGUGGCGAAAUUUGCGAGACCAGUUCAGUAAGGAAUUGAAAAAAAUUCCAAAAGGCAAAUCGGGCGACACACAAGACCAAGCAACUAUAUAUACUGGGAGGUGGCGGUAUUUCAAAAGCCUGCUUUUCCUUAGAGAUACAAUUCUCCCAAGAGAAACAGCUAGAAAUUUGUCGGUGGUGCUUGAAGAUUCAACUACAGCAACUGAAGCCGAUAAUAAUGUGGCAAAUGCUGAAAUAGUGGCAAAAAAUACUAAUGCUACUAAAACAGAUAAUGAAGUGUCAAAUUCCGAAGUAAAGAACUCCGAACUAACUUUCGUUGAAACAUGCCCUUCAUUCAGGUCUUUGUCUGUUCGUCGAAAGAGAAAGGACAAACAUCAAGAUGGAAAUGCCGUUGAGCUUAGGCUUUUAGAUAUCGAAACCAAACAGCUAGCUUUACUCGAAGCAUCAGAAGAUGAAAAUUCACUCUUUUUGAGGUCGCUUCUUCCAUUCAUGAAAAAGUUGGAUCCGAUUCGUCAGCUUCGUGUAAGGU